AUGAAAUUUUCAAUCUUUACCUCUCUGACAUAUGCCAUGAGCCACAAAGAUGAUGAUGUCUUUGAAUUUCGAAACAACAACACCAUUCCGUCACAAGUUGAUGAUGAUCAUCUUUGCUCCAACAGUCAGGAUCGAACAAAGAAUCAUUAUAUUCAAGAAGUACCCGAUAAAGAAAUGAAAUACUUGUCAGAAGAAAAUUCAGAUCCAAACUCAACAAGCGCACCAUUCCAUCAUCAUCACCAGUAUCGCGAGGAUGAUGAAAUUAUUUUCGGAAUCUUUCAUGAAAUUCCUUUAGAAGUGAUUGUGACUCAUAUUUUUCCAUGUAUGGAAUUUACAUGGUUGCACCGAGUGGCAUAUUCAGUUUGUAAAAAUUGGAUGCAAAGUGUUAGAAAUUCAACACGAUCCACUGUUCGUUUUUUAUUCGAUUCACAAAAAAGUUCAGAAAGUUUUAUUGCAGCAUGUCAAUAUGGAAGAUUUUCAAAUGUCAAAUCUUUUUUGUUUGGUGGAAAAUUAUUAGCUCAAUAUUUGCCCAUGAUUGUGAACUGUAAAUGUUUAAUUUCUCUCAAAGAAUUAGAUUUAGGAUAUAGUAUUGGACCAAAUGGAGCGCCUGUGAUUGCGACAAGUCAUGUCAUGCGACAAAUUGAAAGAAUUGAUUUUUCAGGAAAUUGUAUUUAUGAUGGAGGAUUGAUUGCACUUGCAAAAUCUGAAUAUUCGAUCAAUUUACAAAGUUUAUCUGUUCCUGAUAAUGGUAUUCGAGGAGGAAGUCUCCAACACGUUUUGCAAGGAAAUUUAACAAGUUUAACAUUCCUUGAUUUGAGUGGAAAUAAUCUUUCGAACGAUGCCCUCAAAUAUUUCUCACACAAUAAUUUAACCAAACUCAAAACAUUGUAUUUAAAACGAUGUCAUCUUACGAGGGAGCAAGCAAAGACCUUUUCAGAAGCCAUUUUCCCAAGUUUGACUGAUUUAGAUCUCGAACAAAAUUCAUUACGCAACGAAGGAGCUAUUACCCUCUCGAAAGGAGAAACAUUUAAAAAGCUCAUACGCUUGAAUUUGAUGAAAAAUUGUGUCAAGAGAGAUGCCGCAGAAAUUGUGUAUUGUAACAUUGUCACACUUGUCGAGUUUCAUUGGCAAUAA